AGGGCCAGCCCGGCAGGACGGCAACCAAACCAGUGCCGGCUCGAGGGCUUCUAGGUUUGGAUACGCGAUGAAUCCCCUUCCGGCCGCCUCCGAUGGAACCGAGAGCGUGCCCAACGCCGAUGGAGCCACAAGCGUGCAGGAGGUUGUGCCUCGAAUCGCCCUCGGACCGCCGUCCCAAAGAACAUGUUCUACCUGCGAUUCUCAGAAGUUGAUCGACCUCCGGGGAUUAGUUGGGCUGAUUGACGUCGCCCGUUCCACAGGUGGUUCCGGCCCUCUGAUCCGCAUCGCCGGUACUAGUUCUCCUGGCUACGCCAUCUGCAAGAAGGCACCACGGGAGCUCCCGGGGCUGAUUGACGUCGCCCGUUCCCAAAGAGGUUCCGGUUCCAUGAUCCAGCGGCCCCAGCUGCCACCGCCGCGCUGGUCCCUCAGAGAUUCCUUAAGCGACCCCCUCUUCGAGAUUUUUGCGGUAUAUACAUAUUUCCCUCUCAUUGGCGAAGUAUUGGUCUUCAAUGGCAUGGCCACACAGAUCAUCAGCCAGAGCAAGAGUGUGGAUGCGUUUAAUUCAAGCAAAGCGCAAUGGGAAUUAAAACAUCCCAGAACUAAACAUGUUUUCAGGAUGGAGCUGCCUCCUACGGGGCCAUCUAGGUACAUCUCAGCCGAAUCAGGCGUUCUCCUUCAAGUGAAGAUUGACGCAACUGAGAAUGAACCUGUGGAGGUAUCCAACAAGCUGGUGGAUUGGUUCAAUUCGCCCAUGUCUGACAAAUGCAAGUCUGUCACCAUCCAAACAAGCAAAGGCAAAGUAGAUGUGUUAUGCGCGGUGAUAAAUGAUGCUGUGGAGGUCACCCUGAGUGUAUGGCUGUGCAUACCAUGUGAGCUAUGCUCCAGUAGUAUACACGGUUCCAUCACCGCGCACACAGACAUAUUUCAUCGUGAUAUCACCGUAUUCACCAGAGCUGCCAAUUCAGGUGUUAAUCCUCUACAGCGUGUUGCCCAUCCAGUACCGCCCUCUCUCUGCGAUGAAUCGCACCGCCAUGUGUGCCUCCCAUUGGUGCGGCCUUUCCUUGCCGUGCCUAUUCAAGCGACUCGCUUAGAGUUUAAGGGGUCCCUAACGAUAGGGAAAUCCAAAACCCUGAGUAUCAAGGAAACCGUUCUUCUCAAUGCGGAGGAUAUUUCGAGCGAGUGGUUCAAGCAUGAAGAUGAAGAUUGCUAUACUAGGCUGUCCCUGUCUAUUAGGUGGGCUCGCUAGUGUAAGUGGAGGAACGGAAGUAGAUGGCAGUACGGCGGCGGUGGUGUAGGUGGGCUUCGUUGUAGGUGUAAGUGGAGUGUGUCGGUGGGCUUCGUGGCGGCGGCGUGGUGUAGGUGGAGUGUGUCGGCGGCGGCGGCGUGUCUCCAGCGACGGCGGUGUCCUCCUGGGCGUGUGGUCAAGCUGGUUUGGUGCUCUUCGUUGGGCUGCAGGGCUCCUCCGGUGCCCGUGGAUUCUCCAGGACGGGAGGGGAUAGGGUUCCCCUCCUCCGGUGGCUGCUCUUCUGCUCGUCGAGCGAGCCGAUGAUCUGGAUUUGGCCAUUGCUGCUGCCCAUUUGUGCAUUCCGACAGCUCGCCCCUGUUUCAUGCCUGGACUCUUGCAUUUGGCGUUGCUCUGUUUCAGGUUAGGUGUCGUCGGCAGGCUGGGAACGCCUGGUUCCGUACCUGUGGUUUCCUGCGAUGCCAUUCAUGCAGGUUCUAGGGUGAGCAUGUCCAUCGCUCACCGGUGCGGCGCCUCGAGCCAGGCGAGGAGGCAGGGGCCUUCUGUGACGAUGGAUCUGGAUGGAUGUGUCUCCUUCAAGCCCAGGCGUUCGGCUAUGGCGUGCUUUGCUCCGUCGUCGGUGCUCUUUCCUGAGACGUUUAGCGUUUUUGCCUUGGUUCUCGGUGUGUUUGGGGUUCAUGGCAUCUCUAGCUAUGCUUGCUAGCUUGUUGUAUGCUUCUGCGAGCUGCUCCUAGGCGCCAUUGUAUCUUUGCCUUUUGUUUUCUUUCCUUUUAGUUGGAGUGUGGUUGUAUUCCGUCGCUGUAA